AUGCAUCAGGCCCCCAUCUGGCCAGUCGCGCGACCGACAGAGGAAGUCCCCCUGAUAACUGUCGCGGAACUAGCGUCGAUUGGUGCAAGACUUCCUACGAAUAAGGCCCCGGGGCCGGACGGAGUCCCGGAUAUCAUCUUAAAGAGGAUAAUAUCGAAAAAACCGGAGCUAAUAUUGGACACGCUCAACAGGUGUCUGUUACAGGGUCACUUCCCGAAACCAUGGAAGGAAGCCACGCUUGUGCUAUUACCAAAGGGUAAGAAACCAUUGGAAUUGCCGUCGUCGUACCGGCCGAUAUGCUUGAUCAACACCAUCGGCAAACUCCUCGAAAGAGUAAUUAAAAAGAGACUGGAGGCUCACCUAGAAGAGACUAGCGGGAUAAGCGACCGCCAAUUUGGCUUCGUGAAAGGACGUUCCACGAUAGACGCAAUAGAAAAGGCAAUGGAAGUGGUGAAUAAAGCAGGAACAGGUCCACACUACAAGAGGGAGCUGUGUGCCAUGGUAUGCCUCGACGUGGCGAACGCGUUUAAUUCGGCCCCAUGGGCAAAUAUCGAAGAUGCCUUGGUAAAAAAGGAAGUGCCUGAAUACCUGGUGUGCAUCUUGAGAAGCUACCUGAGCGAGAGGGCAAUAUUAUACGGGGACACGACGCGGCGUGCAGUAACCAGCGGGGUGCCCCAAGGAUCGGUGCUCGGACCAAUCUUAUGGAUCGUGAUGUACGAUGAUUUGCUGCGCAUCGCGAUGCCAGGUAACAUCCGAGGAAUGUCGAGUUCUAGCCUCAUAGCUUUUGCUGAGGAUGUCGCAAUGGUGGCGACAUGGCGUACAACAGCUCUCCUGGAGGAGUCCAUGAACCCAUCUCUGGACGCAGUGGCAAGAUGGAUGGCGAAGACAGGUCUUACGUUGUCAGUGAGCAAGACCGAAGCGAUAAUGCUUACUACCAAACGCGGGUACACGCAGCCUAGAAGGUGA